ACGCAUGUUUUCUUCCUCGUGACGUUGCAAGGACGUAUCCGUAGUAACCUGUCCUGUCCAAUGCGUGCGCCCCCUCAGAGGUGAAGAGUGUUCCAGUUCAUACUGUAAACUGUCUUUGGUUCAAGGUUUGGUUUCGGUGACAGCGCUCCGCUCUAUCGGGUUUUGAGAGCCUGGAAUACGGGUUACUGAGGCGGAAAGCCGCGUUGUAGAGAGCCAAAAUGAUGAAUAUGUGGAAAGUCCGGGAAUUGGUUGAUAAAGCAACCAAUGUGGUGAUGAACUACUCAGAGGUGGAGUCUAAAGUGAGGGAGGCCACCAACGAUGACCCCUGGGGACCUUCAGGACAGCAGAUGGCCGAUAUUUCCAGAUGUACGUUUAUGUAUGAGCAGUUUCCAGAGGCGAUGAACAUGCUGUGGAUCAGGAUGCUCCGGGAGAACAAGAAGAAUUGGAGAAGGGUCUACAAGUCUCUGCUGCUGUUGUCCCACCUCAUCAGGAACGGUUCAGAGAGAGUUGUCACCAGCUCCAGAGAACACAUCUACGACCUACGAUCUCUGGAGAGCUACCACUUUGUAGGCAAGUACUCUGCUCUCUCUCUGUCUGCCGUCUCGCUCUCUCUCUGGCUGCCGUCUCGCUCUCUCUCUGGCUGCCGUCUCGCUCUCUCUCUGGCUGCCGUCUCGCUCUCUCUCUGGCUGCCGUCUCGCUCUCUCUCUGGCUCGAGUGACCGGUAUGAUUCCAACAGCUCUGGCGGUAACGAGGGAAGCAGCAGAGGGAAGUGGGAUGAGGACUGGAAGAGAGACCAAGGCCAGUUUCCCUUCAGUGACAAACUGGGGGAGAUCAGUGAUAAGAUUGGCAGCACCAUCGACGACACCAUCAACAAGUUCAAGAAGCAGAGCAGAGAUGACUCACCAGACAGAUUCAGUGACAACGAGGAGGAGCGAGGUCGCCCGUCGCAGAAUGGCCAGUCUGGGAGGUCAGUGUUCAAAGACGAGGAGGAAACCGUAACGACCAAGAGCGUCCAGAUCGUCCAGGCAACAGAAACCACCGCAACCAAGAAGAGAGGCGGGGUUCCAUCCAAAACUGUGUCCCUGGGAGCCGCAGCCCACUACACAGGAGAUAAGAGCCCUGAUACCUCUGCAAAACAGACUCUGUCCGCAGUAGCACCCCAGCCCUCCAGUAGUGGUCUGGCUGACCUAUUGAUGGUAGAUACAGGACCCAGCCUGCCUGCAGCAGCCACCGACCUGAUAGGAGGAUUUGCUGACUUCUCGUCUCCUUCUGCCUCUGUCGGCCUCUCCACAGUACCUGCCUCCAGUGGGAACGGUGACUUUGGGGACUGGAAUGCUUUCCCUGGUGGCCAGGCCCCCGUCCCCACCCCCUUCGCCCAGCCUCUGGCCCCCAGCAACACUGACCUGUUUGGGGCUCUGUUGGCCAGCUCUGCACCAGCUCCAGCCUCCGCUGACCUGUUUGAUCUGAUGGGUCCAGGUCAGACCCAGUCACUCUCUGCCUCUCAGAGCCUCACCUUUAAUAUGACCAACACACAGACCAUCAGCAGCACCAUGCCACAGUCCAGAUCACUGUUGAUGGGCGGGCCCCAGCAGCAUGAAGUCAUGCUGGGUACCGAGGGUUCCAUGGGGUCAGCGAUCCCCUCCACCUGGUCUGACUCGUCGGUCAACAUCAGUCUGGACUUCCUGGCACCUGGCAUGCAGCCCCCCAAACCUGUCCAGCCCACCCUCAACACACUCCAAGGAGGCCAGCCCCUCCCACCCAUCAACAUGCUCUCCCAGGGAUUCGCCGGCAUGGGCCUCGCAACCGCCCCCAUCAGACCGGCAACAACUCCCAUGAUGCACCCUGGUGCUGGGAUGGGCAUGGCCCACAGCCAGGGCAUGAUGGGAAUGGGCAUGAACAUGGGUGCCAUGCCCCAGGCUAACAUGACCAUGGGCAUGCCUGGUGCUAUGGGGAUCAGGAUGCCAGCCAUGUCUAUGGGCUCUGGCAUGGUACAGCAGCAGCCCAAGCAAGGAUUGGACGCAUUCGCAGAUUUCUGCAACUUCAGGAAAUGAGGGAAGAGAAGUGAAAGAGAGGAGGAGGGAGGGCUGUUGUUUCUAUUUUUCUCUCCAUCCAAUCGACCGUCUGUGAAGGAUUGUAAAAGAGCUGCAAACAAAGAGUGCUUGAAUGUUGUCAAAUAUCAAAUACUGACUGCUACCCCUCCACUUCCUGUUUCUCUCUUUUAACUCAUGUAUAAAGACAUGAAUGUAUGUAUGUUUUAAUCAGUUGGAACUUGGAAUCAAGUUCCAAGAGGGUGUCCAGUAAUGGUUGUGUGCUGUUGGGGUUUGAAUCGGAGAGAAAGAGAGAACAACUAAGAGGGAGGGAGUGAGAAACCGGAACAGAAUGAGACUCAGAUUUUUUACUUUGAAAUGUAAGCCAAACAAAAACCAAUGAUUUCGAAGUUAAACAACCCAUACAAUGAUAUGCACAAGGAUGACUUUUAAACUUGUAUGGCUUAACUUUGCAAUGAUGUUGUUUUGAAUUGCAUUUUUAAAAAUCAUUCUGUUACCAUGGAAUUGCCCAUAUGAAUCUUCCUUGAAGAGAAUGUCAGUAGGGGUUUUGCUUUCCUUAACCAUUUAAAUGUCCAGAGUAGCAAAAAGAUAGUUUCAUAUCAUAAUCCCACCCCAAUAACUCCCCAUCUCUUUUAGAAUGUUACCUCGACCUGUCCCUUCCCUACGACUGUAAAUAUUACUAUAAUGCAACGGACAAAUAAGUUAUUGAGUUCUUGACUAUGAUAUGAUGAUGCCGUGAAGAAGUGUGUGUCGAUUGGACGAAAUCAGAUGUCAAUCAAGACGUUGCUAUGGCAAGGUACAUUGCGAUGGAGUCAGUCUUUUAAUACUUACUUUAUAUAUCAGCGUUCCACACUCCCAAUGUGGAAUUUCUGUUCAAUAUUAGAUUUAACAGAUCAAUCAAUCGUUUAUUGAUGGAUGGAUUUAAUAAGUGAAUGAAUGAGAAAUGAUUAAAGCUGUUAAAUGAGGAAGCUGUGGUAAUGAUAACACAGAUAUCCUUUGUGGCCUUUCUUAUGGGUAUAUAUUUUUUAAAGAACUAUAAUCCUUUUUUUCCUUGCAUCCAAGUAAGAUAAUCAGUAGCUGUAGGAACAACCUCCUGGUGGGCUGUGUUCUUUAAGUACAGCACAUGGUGCCUGUGAGACGGAGGCCUUUUCCCUUCAUUAUAACUUACAGGAGACAGACGAUACAGUGGUUAAGACCAUUACGGUUCGGAGUAUACAGCACAGUAUGUAUGUGUGGUUCUUACUGCGCCCUCUGGGAGUAGGGGGAAGUUGCCCCUAGACUGUUACUGUUAGGAGUAUACAGCACAGUAUGUAUGUGUGGUUCUUACUGCGCCCUCUGGGAGUAGGGGGAAGUUGCUACUAGAUGCUGAUCCUGGUUCAGUUUUGCAUCCCCACCCAAUGGUUGGGAUUGUGGGAGGGGAAGCUGAUCCUAGAUCUGUACUUGGGGGAAACGUCACCCCAGAGCGUACAGUAUCUCUGAAGGAGGUUUCUCAGACGGUCCAGAUUAAGGAGAGGAUUUUUAUUUUUGGGGGGUUCAUCCCAUAUAGCACCCUAUUCACUUUGUAGUGCACUACUUCCAAUCAGGGCCCAUAGGACUCGGCUCAAAUAUCGUGCACUAUAUUGGACAUGGGUGCAAUUUGGGAUGCACACUCUGUACAUGUUGAAGUCAGGACCAUCUGUACCAGGCCAGUGAGUACCUCACAUGUAGACUCCUCAGGCGCAGUCUUCCAUGAGUUGCGGUCAAUUCCAUUUCAAUUCUGGAGGUACACUGAAAUUCCAAUUGUCUUCAAUUAGAUUUUUUACAAUUUGGUUUACUUUCUGAAUUGACCUCAACCCUGCACACACACACACAGUAGUCUGUCUGAGAGGAGGCAUUACCUGUUGGAAACGACCAAAAUCUAUCCACUCUUGUUUGUUUUUUCUAAGAGAUUGUCUUUAUGGGGUUGUUCUCUCGUUUUAUUUAAUUUUUUUCUACUUAUUACAAUUGUUCUGAGAUCUUUGGUAAUGUGGGAUUGUUACUGGAAAGAAAACACUAGUUCAUGCAAAUGUGUAAAAAGAACAAGCGAAGCAUCACCAACGAAAGAAACCUUGAAGAUGUCGUUUUUGUUUGAUUUGAUUUGAUUGGCCCAUCAUGAUCCUGUAUCUGACAUUAAAACAGUUGAUUACA